UAGCUUUUUUAAAUUAAUUAAAAAAUAUAAUGGAUUUAAGUAAAUAUUUGUUCCUAGUAUGUAUAUUAGUGGGUAAUGUAUCAAGUGACUCUUCAGUGAAUUCUACGGUGAAAGAACAAUGUCCCAAUGUAAGGACUUCCUUAGUUUCCGUGAGAAAGCGGCGCCAUCUUGCUUUUCCUCCAGGAUCUGCUUGUUCUGUAACAACAUCAGUAGUAAAAACGUUCAUGACACACGCACCAUCAGGCUGGUACGUGGUAGUAGAAGCCGAGCUGGUUUACAUGCUGCCAGACCAUACAAUUAUCAGCUCACAUUUGCGGAGGAAGCUUCAUCAUCGUCAGAAGAAAGAGAUUUGGGAGACUUUGGAGAGUAUGUUUCAGCAACGCAACAUGAAUGGCCGCGCAUGCGUCAUAAGGACGAUAUGUGAAGCCCGACAGAGUUUGGCGCCAAAAGGGAAAUCCCUAGUUCAUGACAUACUGAGAGCUAUGUUCACAGCGCCGCUGCAUGAACGAGACUUUAUCGAAGAAAUGGGUAUGACGUACACUGAGUUAUUGGACCCAGACUUUUGUGAGAAAGCCAACGAUUGUCCACUUUCUGUAUUAGGCGUUUUAUUGGACCUGAAUAGACAAAGAUAGCGUAUACGUUGUAGCUAUUUGUUUGUUGUUUUCUUUGUUAAUUGUGGAGUAAAAGUUUGUUCUUUUGCAAAA